GUCACACUGAAAUGGAGAACCAGACUGAAUCAAGUCGCAUUAACCGCAGUCGACCAGCAAAAUGUCCCCUAGAGGACUGCAGUACAAUACUUUCCGAUGCGACCUUGCUGCAACACCUGCUACAGGAUCACGACAAUAUUGAAGUUCAACCCCUGCAAGAAGAUGAAAAGUGUAAGGUAAUAAUUUCGGAGGAAGCUUUCGCCCGAGGAAAACCAGUUUGCCAGAGAAUCAUACUCUACGGUGGCCGAAACGCUGACCACUUUGGGCCGGCUAAACCUGGUCUGUCCCUGCGAAACAUUGUAUUGCAUCCGGAGCAUAGUGCGUACAAGGAUCAACUGGUUGUGCUGGUAAUGGGUUACAAAACGCAACGAACGAUUUUCCAGGAGAGCAUGCCGCGAGAAGACGACUCUGAAGGCGAUUUCGAUCCCAGAAAUGAUCUUUUCGUGUUCUGGUUCGUGGGCACCGAAACUGAUUGGCCUGUUUAUGGUAAUCUAACUGUUCGCAACACAAACGGCACAUUCUGUUCCAGUGAUCGACUUGAAAUUAGAGAUUUCAAAGCAUUCAUGAAUCCGACAUCAAUUUUACGCGAGGGUUUGGACUAUCUACUGAUUAGUCGCGGUGGGAUGCGUUUGUUGACUGGCGAGGAUCAGUUUUUCUUUGAGUUGGAGAUAUCAAUAAAUUAG